AGAUAAAUAGUAAAUACGUACUGUGAUAAAUUAAUAUUAAUAUUAAUAUUAAUAUUAAUAUUAAUAUCUCAUAUAUUACGGCAGAUUUAUUGAUAUCCUGGAGUCAUUGUACAGGCUACCCCUUUUCAUCCAUAUGGGUUGUAUCAUGUUGAUGAUAAGUAUUAUAGGAUUUCAGGCGAUAACAAAUAUCUACGACCUGAAUCGCCUUUCACAAAGUUGUCUUUAUCUUAGUGUGUGUCUUAUUGGAACAUUUUUCGAGAACUGGCAAGGUCAGAAAGUCAUAGAUUCCAAUGAAAAGUUGUACCAUUCCAUAUAUAACAUGAAAUGGUAUGAAAUGUCAUGUGCGACGAAAAAGCUAGUAAUUUUGAUCAUGCUAAGAAGCUUAAGACCGACGCAGAUAACGGCCGGCAAGAUUAUCGUGAUGUCAUAUGAGAAUUUCAGUGCGGUAAUACGAAUGUCCUCGUCAUAUUUUAUGCUGCUGCGAUCUGUACAAACUACGUAAAACAUUUUUAGAAAAUUCACGAUUAUCGAAUUUCACAGUUGGCUGAAUUAGUAGAAAAUAGAUAUCCA